UUGUUCCAUGUUAAGGUUAAGAACACGGAGAUAGAGCUCACUCUAGUAAUCCUUUAGAAAUCUAGAACGAGUCACAGGGAGAUUACCUCAUGGGAACACGCAGCAUAUAAGCUCCAGAAAUCCCAUCACACAAAGCACUUCAUCUCAUCUUCAUCCCAUCACAAUGUUUUCCCGUCUCCUCAUCGCGUUUCUAGGGCUCCUAAGCCUUGUCUCGGCACAUGCUAAUCCAGGCGCCUGUUCUGGUAACUGUAAUGCACAUGAUCCUGCCUUGAUCCAACGUUCAAGUGAUGGCACAUGGUUUAAAUUUAAUACCGGGAAUGGUAUUGGGAUUUGGAAAGCUACUGCUCUAGCUGGUCCAUGGACGUAUGUUGGUGAUGCUUUGACUAAAGGGAGUAGCAUUAAUUUGUCUGGGAAUACCGAUCUCUGGGUUUGUUACCUUUUUUUCUUCCAUUCCUCGAGUCUAUUAUUCUCGAUUUGUUGAUCGGGAACUCUAGAGAAAAAAUGUAAAGCAUUAUGCUGAUGAUAACUAGGCACCAGAUGUUCAUCUCGUAGGAUCAACCUACUAUAUGUACUAUGCGGUUUCUACCUUCGGUACACAAAAGUCAUCAAUUGGAGUUGCAACCUCCGCCACCAUGGAAGUAGGUUCAUGGACUGAUCAUGGUGCCACUGGUGUUGCAUCAACAACCGGCAGCGCAUACAAUUCCAUUGAUCCCAAUCUCAUCAAGGUCGACAGCGCCUAUUAGUUCGUCUCUCCAGCCAUCCUCCCCUUCCCUCCCUCCAACCCUUCCACAUAAAAACCCAUCAAAACUAACCCUCCCCCUCCCUCUCACAGCCUAAACUUCGGCUCCUUCUGGUCCGACAUCUACCAAGUAGGCAUGGCAUCGACACCCACCAAAGCCGGCGGCUCCGCCUCCCACCAAAUAGCUUACAACUCUAGCGGCACCCAUUCUCUCGAAGGUUCCUACAUGUUCUACUAUUCAGGCUACUAUUAUCUCCUCAUCUCCUCCGGAAUCUGCUGUAAUUACGACAAAACGAAACCAGCACAAGGCGCCGAAUACAAGAUUAUUAUGGGUAGGAGUAAGAGCGCGACGGGAAGCUUUGUCGAUAAGAAUGGCAAGGCUUUGACAGCGGGUGGGGGAACGACUUUAUUGGCUAGUCAUGGAAAUGUUUAUGGACCUGGUGGACAGUGAGUAUUUUCUUCUUUUCUUUUCUUUUUUGGGGGUUAGGGACGCGAAGGGCGGGAUUUUCUAUGCGCCAGACUUGUCUCAUUCAAUGGACGUACAUAAAUACUAACCUUCGCAAUAGGGGCGUCUAUCUCUCAUCCUCAGGACCACUUCUCUACUACCAUUACGCAAACCCCACCAUUGGUCUUGGAGAUGGAAAUUAUCAGUUCGGAUAUAACUAUCUUACAUUCAGCAACGGAUGGCCUGUUGUCUAAGCUUUUCUCAUACCUCUUUCUUCCUCUGGUUUCUCUUUCAUUUCAUAAAAUAAGGAACUCAUAUCACCAAAAUGAAAAAUAGGCACAUUACCCAUACCAUUGCCAAAAACUUUGUACAUACUUCCCAUCUUCUGCAGAUAUUUUCUUUUGUAUAUAUCAUGUCUUAGGAAAAGACACUUCACGCACUUCACUGU